AUGGGUUCAAAUGUGAAUAUAACUACAAGUAGGAUAGACACGGGUGAUAUUAAAAUUUAUUCCAAUGACGAGUUAGCUGAACAAAUGAACGACGAAUUUCGAAAAGCUGUUUUACCGGUUACUGUUUUUGUUGGAGUUGAAGCGGUCGUUGGAUUCUUUGGGAACUUGUUAGUCAUCUAUGUGUUUUUGUUCCACUACCACGUUUGUAACUUCAGGUAUUUCGUGCUUUGUAUGGCAUUUAUCGACUUCACUAGCACUUUGACUACAAUGCCGGGAGAGAUCGUCACACAGCUUUACUGGUACAUAUAUCCGUAUAGGAUUGUUUGCAAGAUAAAAUCGUUCUUCAACAUAUUCACAGUUACAGCAGAAGCUUUGUGUCUUCUUACUAUCGCACUGGACCGCUACAGAAAAGUGUGUGCACCGUUUGGGUGGCAGAUACGACCCAAUAUUGCUGUCAUUCUUUGUGGUGUGAUAUACGUCCUAGCAUUUAUUCUAGCCUUGCCAGUUGCGAUAUUUUGGGGAAUUCACCACUCCGAAUACCAAUACAAGAAUUAUACAGUAACCACAACAAUUUGCGAAAAGGAUGAGCAGUUCAAUGGUACAAGCCAUCCGCUGCGAUACUCUGUGGCUGUGGAAGUGGUCACUUCUAUUUGCCUAAUUCUCAUGUUCAUAUUAUACUUGUUCGUUGCAAGGAAACUUGUCCUAGGGAAGCACAAUGUCUACAGUAAGUCAAAUAUUAAAGUGAUGGCGAGUUCUUCGUAUGUUCCGGGUGAAUCUUCGGAAGUGAAAGACAAGAACGAGUAUGAACUUAGCUCAAGACAAGAAACUAGUGACGCCGGGUAUUCUUCCGGUAUAGACAAUAAACCACAGAAACACAAAUAUAAUUAUAUUUCAUCUGACGGUGGACUGACUACAGACGAAGAGGAAGAUUCUACCAGCCGUAACACAACACUCAUGGUACCAAAUGAUCUACCUGUCAUGUCAUUACAGUUUUAA